ACCACUGGUGCCCCUCAAGCUGCCUUCCUGGUGCCAGAGCCAAGGAAAAGUGAAUCUGAGUAGCUCUGUGGAGCAGUGCGCGCCUGCGCUGGCCCUCGCCUUGGAGCAGCCAUGAUGGAAGGCCUGGACGACGGCCCCGACUUCCUUUCGGAGGAGGACCGUGGACUUAAAGCAAUAAAUGUAGAUCUUCAAAGUGAUGCUGCUCUGCAGGUGGAUAUUUCUGAUGCUCUUAGUGAGAGAGAUAAAGUAAAAUUCACUGUUCACACAAAGAGUUCGUUGCCAAAUUUUAAACAAAAUGAGUUUUCUGUUGUUCGUCAACAUGAGGAAUUUAUCUGGCUUCAUGAUUCCUUUGUUGAAAAUGAAGACUAUGCAGGUUACAUUAUCCCUCCAGCACCACCAAGGCCUGAUUUUGAUGCUUCAAGGGAAAAACUACAGAAGCUUGGAGAAGGAGAAGGGUCCAUGACGAAGGAGGAAUUCACAAAGAUGAAACAGGAACUGGAAGCUGAAUAUUUGGCAAUAUUCAAGAAGACUGUUGCAAUGCAUGAGGUAUUCCUGUGUCGUGUGGCAGCACAUCCUAUUUUGAGAAAAGAUUUAAAUUUCCAUGUCUUCUUGGAAUAUAAUCAAGAUUUGAGUGUGCGAGGAAAAAAUAAAAAAGAGAAACUUGAAGAUUUCUUUAAAAACAUGGUUAAAUCAGCAGAUGGAGUAAUUGUUUCAGGAGUAAAGGAUGUAGAUGAUUUCUUUGAGCAUGAACGAACAUUCCUUUUAGAAUAUCAUAACCGAGUUAAGGAUGCCUCUGCUAAAUCUGAUAGGAUGACGAGAUCCCACAAAAGUGCUGCAGACGAUUACAAUAGAAUUGGUUCUUCAUUAUAUGCUUUAGGAACUCAGGACUCUACAGAUAUAUGCAAGUUUUUUCUCAAAGUUUCAGAACUGUUUGAUAAAACGAGAAAAAUAGAAGCAAGAGUGUCUGCUGAUGAGGACCUCAAACUUUCUGACCUUUUGAAAUAUUACUUAAGAGAAUCUCAAGCUGCUAAGGAUCUCCUCUAUCGAAGAUCUAGGUCACUAGUGGAUUAUGAAAAUGCUAAUAAAGCACUGGAUAAAGCAAGAGCAAAAAAUAAAGAUGUUCUACAGGCUGAAAUGUCCCAACAAUUAUGUUGUCAGAAAUUUGAAAAAAUAUCAGAAUCUGCAAAACAAGAACUUAUAGAUUUUAAGACAAGACGAGUUGCAGCAUUCAGAAAAAAUUUAGUGGAACUAGCAGAGUUAGAGCUGAAGCAUGCAAAGGGUAACCUACAGUUGCUGCAGAAUUGCCUGGCAGUGUUAAAUGGAGAUACAUAAGCCACAUUCCACCCUCGGUUUAAAAAGGGCUGCUUUCCUUCAGACUUUAUUUCUGUUUUCUUAAUGAUGUUAGGCAUUUACUCUUCACUGGAAGCAAAAGAAACAGCUGACAAAGUACAUCUCCUCUCCUCUCUGAGAAACAGUGGAAUGCUGCCGUCCACAGGUGCUGCCGGCCUGUGGUCAGCGCUGCGCUUCUGCACCUGCUACUCCCUGGGGCAGUCGUCGCUCAUGCGUCUCCUUUUCAAAAGCCCAAAGUUUAUUCUUUUUUUAAGUAGCCUCUAUAACUUUAUUUUAUGAAUAGUAUUCCUUAUGGCUGCCAAUCUUAUUUACCUCUAAGUGAUUUCUGAAGUUUAACCCUUUCAAAAUAUAUUCUUCAAACAAGAUAAAGAUUGCCAUUUCCUUUUGUUUGUUUAUGUAUCCUGGUAAAGCAUCCUAAUCAGACUUAUUUUUAAUUAAUCAGUAUUUCUUAGAAGUUUUGGAACAGACUUUGUGUAAUCUUUCUAAUUAUGAUUUCUGAAGAAAAGCAAAUGCAUUAGUAUGUUUGCCUUAAACUUGUAGACUAAACCAACUAUUGUCAAAUAAACAGUGAUAACAGUGAUGGUUUUUAACUCUGUGUCAUUGUAUCACUCUAAAAUCUGGAUUAGCUAUAACCUACUCCUAUAUCAUGAUUUACAGAACAGGUCUUUUGGUAUUUCCUUUAAAGUGACAUAUUGAACCAAUUUCACCAAUCCCUUUACAAAGGAAUAAACUGCUUCUGUGCUUUGAUCCCUUCAUAGAAGAUGGAAUUGGGUGGAGGCAGGUUAGAGACAAUAGCUUCCCCCCCCCUCCUUUUCUUUUAAAGAUUUUUUUUUUAAGAGAGGGGGAGAAAUGAAGGAGAAAGGGAGAGAAACAGCUAUCGGUUAUUGUUUGCAUGCCCCCAGCAGGGCCACCCAGCUAUGUGCCCUGAUUGGGAAUUGAACUGACAUUUCAGUUUGUAGGGGGAUGCCCAAUCCACUGAGCCACACCAGUCAGGGCAGAAGGACAGCUCUUUUUAAAAUAUAGGAGCUGGAAAUAUGGUCUGUUACAGUUUCCUGGAUUCCUUCCUUAGCCUGGCCAACCACCCAUGUGACAUAUGCCAUUGAGCCCUUUCGUAGUUAUGCCAGUGAAUAGAUUAGUAUGUAGAGAGAGAAGUCAGCUAUGGGAACAGCACUUCUAAUGUGAAUGAACAUUAGGCCAUUUUAAAAUUAGAUUGAGAGGUUGGAUUUUUCCACUGUCUUUUUAAAGAUUUUAUUUAUUAGAAAGAGGGGUAGGGAGGGAGGAAGAGGGAAACAUUGACGUGAAAGAAACAUCGAUCAGUUGAUCGGCUGCCUCUUGUUGGCACCCCAACUGGGGACCUGGCCUGCAACCCAGGCAUGCCUCCUGACCGGGGAAUCGAAGUGGAGACCUCUUCAUAGGACGGCACCCAACCAAGCUCUGCAGCAUUAGGGCACCACAGCCUUUUUCUUAAGUUUUCUCCCCUUUGGAAACCACAGGCAUUUAUGGGUUGGUUACCCUUCGAUGGGUUCCUAGUUUGCGUAAAUCUUCCCAAGCCAUUCUGAAGAAUGGCUGGUCUAGGUCCCGAGGCUAGUCAGGAUGACUCUGGUCUUCCUCCACAGCCUCAGUGCUGUGCUGGUUAAUGUUUCUGUCUUUACCUGAUGUUCUCUGAUGCCAUUUGAACUGUUGAUUUUUCUGUUGACUGAGAGAUUUCUGUGUUCUGUCUUUCCUGUCUCCUUCACUGGUGAAAAUACGCCCAUGCAAUGCUUACCAAGUGAGUGAAUGAGGGAUGGAGAACCCCAGGUUCUGGAUUCAAUGGGGUUCCUUUAUCACGGGGUGGCCUUGUGGUCUCAAGCUGGUUCACUGGACCUCUUUCUGCUUCCGUUUCUCUACCAUAAAGGACAUACUGACCUACCUCACAGGGGUGUUGUGAGGAUCAAUAAAUGUUGGUACAGUGCUUUGGAAAUGUGAAGGUCCUCUGUAAAUGCUAAGCAAUAGCAAGUAGAGUCCAAAAAGCUAUACACAUCCAUCAGUUAACCCGUUUGUGCCAAAGUGGCCUUG